AUGUCAACACCCGCGGUUCCCCUCCUCAAACCGCCCGUGCCGGGUAAUCGCAACAACAGCAAUGGUCCCCGACCUCCAAAGCUCACCUUGGGGAUCCCCCCGUCUCCCAACGCUCGUCCCGUUACCGGUAAUGGUAUACCGGCUCCUGCGCCCGUUCCAGCCCCCGCUUUAGCCCCCGAAGUGCCACAGCUCCAGCGCCCGUCCACCCGCCCGGCGCCCCCGCAACUACGACUGGCGACCCCAAUGGGCAGCAGUAAGAAUAUCCAACAAGUCAACGGUCGCCCAGCUCCCCCGCCUCUUGCUACCAGUGGGUUGAACGAACCGAACGGACACUCACGGUCAGGUAGCUUCAACUAUUUGGAUGGAAAGGCCAGUGGCCCCGCAUCGGCUUCAUCGUCAAAUUACUCGGCUUUGUCGUUCGCCAUGGGUCUUCGUCAACCACAGGGUAGCACUCCGGAUCCGUCGUCAGCUAUUAGCUCGGUUUACUCCGAUCGGGAAGGAGGUGUGCAGAUGGAGCGGGACAACAGCGUAAACGGAUUGAUUCCAGAUCUCGACAAGUUGAGUUUAGAAAAGGGCAGGCCACUAGACGUCGACGAUUUGGAUGAUGAAGGCUGGCUUGCGGCCAGUGAACAGAAGAAGAUCGUGGAGUUAGGCAGUUUGGGUGAGGGAGCGGGAGGUGCGGUCACUCGUUGCAAGCUCAAGGAGGGAAAGACCGUCUUCGCGUUGAAGAUUAUCACAACCGACCCCAACCCAGAUGUAAAGAAGCAGAUUGUUCGGGAACUCAACUUCAACAAGGACUGUGCCUCGGAACAUAUCUGUCGAUAUUACGGUGCAUUCAUGGACAAGUCUACCGGCACGAUUUCGAUUGCGAUGGAGUUCUGCGAGGGGGGCAGUCUAGACAGUAUUUACAAAGAAGUGAAGAAGCUAGGGGGUCGAACAGGAGAGAAAGUGCUGGGUAAGGUCGCAGAAGGGGUAUUGAACGGUUUAACAUAUCUGCACAGCAGAAAGAUUAUCCAUCGAGACAUCAAACCGUCUAAUAUUCUCUUGUGUCGCAACGGACAGGUCAAGCUAUGUGAUUUUGGCGUUAGUGGAGAGUUCGGCACCAAGGGCGAUGCUAAUACGUUCAUUGGGACUUCCUACUACAUGGCACCCGAACGGAUUACUGGUCAAUCUUAUACGAUUACGUCGGACGUCUGGUCUCUAGGCGUAACGCUCCUUGAAGUCGCCCAGCAUCGCUUCCCUUUCCCGGCCGAUGGAACUGAAAUGCAGCCCCGCGCUGGGUUAAUCGACCUCCUUACAUACAUCGUCCGUCAACCGAUUCCUAAAUUGAAGGAUGAGCCGGGUAAUGGUAUUCGCUGGUCUGAUAGCUUCAAGUACUUUAUAGAAUGCUGUCUCGAGAAAGAGCCUCCACGAAGAGCGACUCCAUGGCGGAUGCUGGAUCAUCCGUGGAUGCUGGACAUGAAAAACAAAAAAGUCAACAUGGCGAACUUCGUGCGACAGGUGUGGGGAUGGGACAACUAG